AUGCAGAAAUUCCAAGCUGAGGUUUCUCGGCUCAUGGACAUCAUUAUCAACUCACUUUACGGCAACAAGGACAUUUUCCUUAGGGAAUUGAUCUCCAAUGCGUCUGAUGCUCCGGACAAAACAUUCCUUUCCCUAACAGACAAGGAGAUAUUGGGAGAGGGUGAUAAUACUAAGCUUGAGAUCCAGAUUAAAUUAGACAAAGAAAAUAAGAUUCUCUCCAUCCGCAACAGAGGUAUCGGGAUGACAAAAGAGGAUCUGAUCAAGAAUUUGGGAACAAUUGCAAAGUCUGGAACUUCAGCAUUUGUAGAGAAAAUGCAGACGAGUGGAGAUCUCAACCUUAUUGGUCAAUUUGGAGUUGGUUUUUAUUCCGUGUACCUUGUUGCUGACUAUGUCGAAGUCAUCAGCAAACAUAAUGAUGACAAACAGUAUGUUUGGGAAUCAAAGGCUGAUGGGGCAUUUGCAAUUUCUGAAGACACAUGGAAUGAGCCGCGAGGAUGUGGAACUGAGAUUAAACUGGAUCUAAGAGAGGAAGCUGGGGAAUACUUGGAAGAGAGCAAAUUGAAGGAUUUAGUGAAGAAGUACUCAGAAUUUAUUAACUUUCCUAUCUAUUUGUGGGCAAGGAAAGAGGUCGAUGUGAAAGUUCCCGCAGAUGAGGAUGAGGCAAGUGAGGAAGAGGAAUCAUCGGAAAAAAGCUCUUCUGAGGAAGAAGGGGAUGAAGAUGCUGAGAAAACUGACGAUGAGGAUGUGGAGAAAAAGCCAAAGACUAAGAAGGUGACUGAAACUACUUAUGAAUGGGAAUUUUUGAAUGAUGUGAAGGCUAUAUGGCUGAGAAACCCAAAGGAGGUGACUGAGGAGGAAUACACGAAGUUCUAUCACUCUCUAGCGAAGGAUUUCAGUGAUGAGAAGCCUUUAGCAUGGAGUCACUUUACUGCUGAAGGUGAUGUUGAGUUCAAGGCAGUUCUCUUUGUGCCGCCUAAGGCGCCUCAUGAUUUGUAUGAAAGUUAUUAUAAUUCCAACAAAUCGAACUUGAAGCUAUAUGUUCGACGGGUAUUCAUUUCUGAUGAAUUUGACAAACUUUUACCCAAGUGUCUGAACUUUUUGAAGGGUCUUGUUGAUUCUGACACAUUGCCCCUGAAUGUAUCGAGGGAAAUGCUUCAACAACACAGCAGCUUGAAGACAAUUAAGAAGAAACUUAUCAGGAAGGCGUUUGAUAUGAUCCGUAAGAUUGCUGAGGAGGAUCCGGAGGAUGCUAACAACAAAGACAAGAAAGAUACUGAAAAAACUGUUGAUGAAGAUGAUGAGAAGAAAGGUCAAUACGCAAAAUUCUGGAAUGAGUUUGGCAAGUCCAUUAAACUCGGUAUAAUUGAAGAUGCCACUAAGAACCGGUUGGCUAAGCUCCUCAGAUUUGAGAGUACCAAGUCCGAUGGUCAAUUAACUUCACUGGACCAGUACAUCUCAAGAAUGAAAUCUGGCCAGAAGGAUAUCUUUUAUAUAACGGGAAACAGCAAGGAACAGCUAGAGAAGUCUCCAUUCCUUGAGAGACUCUAGAAGAAAAAUUAUGAGGUUUGUGUUUUCCUUUUCUUUGUUGUGCAAAACCUAUUAAUUUUUUUUUUGACAUUAAGUGCAAGAUUGUAACUAGUUAAUUACGCUUAUGAUACUUUGUUAAUCUUUUCUUAUAUCGCGGUCGUGAAUUUUGAUGCUGAUGGCUGUCUGUACCUUUACCUUGCUGGUUAUUUUAUUCACCAAUCCCGUGGAUGAGUACCUAAUGCAAUACCUAAUGGAUUAUGAAGAUAAGAAAUUCCAGAAUGUGUCCUAGGAGGGUUUGAAACUUGGAAAAGACUCAGAAAGAUAAGGACCUCAAGGAGUCUUUCAAGUAGCUGACCAAAUGGUGGAAGAGUGCUCUUGCCAGUGACAAUAUUGAUGAUGUGAAGAUAAGCAAUUCGUUUGGAUAACACUCCUUGUGUGGUGGUGACUUCAAAAUAUGGAUGGAGUGCAAAUAUGGAAAGGAUCAUGCAGUCACAGACCCUAGCGGAUGC